GAUAUAAUAAUUAUAUAAUAAUUUAUAAAAAAUGACAGAUUUGAAGCAAAAUUUGCCAAAAAUAGCUCCGAUGCAUAAUACUAUUCAUGAAAAGCAGAAGGAAAUAGUAAAGCUUGUUAAGAAUUUUGAAAUCGAGCCAGUCUUGCAUUGUAAUAUCAACAAGAAUAUCCCAGGGCUAAGGCAGAAGAGUUCUCCUUUCGUAAGAAAACCAGCUUCUCAUAGAUGGUACAGGAGAUGGCACUCAUUUGAAAGAAACGGAGUUAUGAACUGGGGUCUGACAAUGAACUGGACCAGGCUUGUCUUCCCUUGUGUCUUCAUCUUCUAUUCUUUCUACAUGUUUGAACCUACAUUACAUGGUUCUGUGUAUAUAAAUGAGUUUAAUAUGUACCAAUACGAGUCUGUAUAUGCAAAGAUGAAUUGGAACAAGACUCCUCCAAUGAUGCAGACCAUCAACAGAGUCGCUUAAGGCAAAAAGCUUGCACUGAAACAAUAUGAUUGAGUUUUGAUUUUGCUGCUUUCA